GGCGUAUAUAACUAAACGCUGAAAACGACUCCUCCUUCAAACUCUCCACUUUCUUCGCCGACACAAACCCAUUGCACUCCAACGAAAGUCAUCGGCGGCUCAUCCAAGCAACGGGAAAACGAAGUGGUCCUCACACAUCAUCGACCUCGAUCUUCUCAGCUCGUACCACAGCGUGCAACCACAACCGAACGAACAUCGACACAAUCCGGCGUCACUCUGCGCUAUCACUUACAUGGCAACGAUCUGGAAGUUCCAUGGCCAUGGCUCGAUACCCUUUUCAUUCUUCCCCCUUGAAUUGUCUAUGGAUAUAUUUUCACCCAGUGACCAUUGUUUAUGAGUUUUGUACCCCUUUGUAAUUUAGAAUUAAUUUCAUGUAUCUCAAUUGUAAGUUUGAGAUGUAAUAAUUUAAUCAUUAGGAUUAGAAUUAUAUUAGAUUAGGAUAGAAUUAGUACUGGAGCGGAGGCAUUGAUCCCAGGUAUGUCUCUUGAAACCACUUUUUUUAUCCACCUUAAAAUUAUAACAUUACUCUCUAUUUUUUGAAACCAUUCUAUCAUAUUCGAUGUCUAGCAAAAACUCUAUCAAUGUCAUAAGAACAACAUGCCAAGGAAUAGGGAGACAAAAACAAUCAUUAUAAAAUCUAUAGAGUGAAAUCUAAUGGUAUUUUCAAUAAUCACGAACUUAAUUGGAUAACAAAUUGAUCCUAACUUUAAACUCUCUAAGACAAUUAUAAGAAGACUUAUUUUAUUUAGUCAUGUAAAUAAGUAGGUUUAUACUACAAAGCAAAGUAUAUUCUGUAAAGUAUAUUGAGCCACAAACUGUUUUUGGAGAGAACUGAAAUGUUGUCUUCUAACCAUUAGAGCUCCAUACUAUUGAACACUACAUACCUAAAACGCAUAGAUUUAACCCCGACAACUCUAUCACCAUUUAGUGUUUCUUGAUCUUAACACCCUUCAUCUUCUUCAAUUGCAUUGUUGAAAAAAAUUCUUCAAAAAUAUCUCUCUUCACUCUGUCCCCAUCAACUUCUAGGGCAAUUUUUUUUAUCAGCAAUGGGCAGGUUGAAUUAACUUGUAGGGAAGACCCAACCUAAUACAUUAAUUAUAUGUUAGUUCAUAGACCUACGAACAGUUAGUAUUAAAGUUAAAAUUAAAAUAAACAAAAUAAGAACGUAUCAACCUUUUCAUUGCAAGAAAUCUCUCUGAUCUUCAGUAAGCUCAUCUUCCUCCUUUAUAAACAUUUACAAAAAGGUUAAAAAAGAUCUCAUUUAAAUAACAUUAACCAUAUUGCAGGAAAUUUAUUUCUUCUUUUGCUUUUACAGUUUAAAGGGGGGGAUGGAUGUGAGAAGUGCAAUGUUGGAGUAUUGCUCUUAUAGCUGAUCAUUGGCAUGUUGUUUGCUGGAAAUAAGAUACACUCAAUCUUUUCUACUGUGCUCACCACCCAAUUCCACCAAUAGAAACAAAGUAUUCAAAACAGUGACUCAACAUCAGUCACCCACUUUAUGUCAACAGUGAGCACCUCCAUUUUGGACCAAUAGGAAUGCACGAAACGUAUUACAGCUAUGCACACCUCCAUUUGGACCAAUAAGAAUCACUAUGCUACAAAACCGCAUGUUCAGAUCAAUUUUUUCUCAUUAGAUUGUAUUUCUUUUUGAUUUAUUUUGACAGAUAAACAAAUAAAGUAUUGAUGUUGAUACUUCUAAGCGGGAACACGAUUCCCAUAAAAACUGUCUCUUUAGAUAAUAAUAGAUAUCCCCAAAUCUCCAAUAUAUAUAGCCCAAUAUUCAUUUAUAACAUCUAUUCUAUUCUAUUCUAUUCUAUUCUAUUCUAUUCUAUAUAUAAGAAAGGAGAUAGCUCCUUAAAAGACAUUUCUAUCCCUCUCAAAUCCUACGUGCUUGCCUCUCCCGUUUUUACUCACUUCACCUCUUACGGCCACGUGGCCUCCUAAUUUUUAAGCGUGAUGUUCACGACUUGAAAGGUCGCUGCUUUCAACCCAAAAGAGAUAAACCUCCCCCAAUGAUUGCUUACAUUUAGAAUUCUCCAUCUCUAAUCAUACGCGAUAAAAUAUAGCGCCCAACUAAUCACACUUCAACUGCCCGAGUAGCAGUACAGGUACUUUCUCUAACCUACUUCUUCAUUUGUCCAAUUCAUCAUUCUCUGAUCUAAGGAAUAUUACAGAAAAAGAGAUGAUCAUUUUCUAAGCAAUUUUAAAAUCUGCAUGUUGGUUUGAACUGAUUGUCCCAUUCAUUUCGGUGCACUUCUUUACUAAAAAGCUUCUUACACCUGUGGCCUAGAAAUAAAGAAUUAACAAAAAAAAGUAGGACAAAGAAGAAAGGGACUGCCUAUAACAGUGGAGAAGAGGCCUAAAAGAAGUGCAUUUUCUCUUCUUAACACCAUUUAUGCUUUGUUGUUGUUUUUCUAUGCUAUAUGAACUAAGAUGGUUUAUGAUUUUGAUUUAAAAUUCAGAAUGUAGUAAAUGAAAGAGAAGGCGGAUUAACACCAUUUAUGCUAUGUUGUUGUUUUUCUAUGCCAUAUGAACUAAGAUGGUUUAUAAUUGGGAAAUAAAAUUCAGAAUAUAGUAAAUGCAAGAGAUAGCAGAUUACAGAAAAAGAUAUGAUCUUUUUCUAAGCAAUUUGUUUGCUUGCUGCCUAUUUUGUGUGAACUUAUUGUUCCAUUUAUUUCUUUACUAAAAAUCAGAUUUUGUCUUGAGCAUUUCAUAUGACUGUUUUGUUUGAGCUAAUUGUUUAGUUCAUUUCCUUACUAAAAACCUUAUUACAUUUGUGGCCUAGAAAUAAAGAAUAACAAAAGAAAAUGUAGGACAAAGAAGCAAGGGGCUGCCUAUAACAGUGGAGAAGCUACCAAAAAGAAGUAACAUGGUAAAUGCAUGAGAAGGCAGAUUACAGAAAAAGAGAUGAUCAUUUUCUAAGCAAGAGUAGUGUCAUAUUAAAGUAUUUUAAAAGCUAUCAAAUUUGUAGAUAAGUCGGCAUCGAGUGUUUUUUAAUUACUUGCUCAAUUCAAUUCACGAGGAGUCGAGGACUCGAGGAAAAACAUGAUAAAACAAUUCUACUACUUCAAAAUAAGAUGAUUUUGCUGAGAUAGUCAAAUGUCAACUCUGAUUUCAACCAUGUUUAUUUCAUCCACAUCGACCCAACUUUGCGAGCACAGAUCCUUGGGUGCCCAUGUAGCAGGAGAGCCGCACAUCUCCUUCGGUUGUAAGAGGAACCAGAUAAACAGGGGUUUGUGUUCAUCGAUGGAGCCCAAGGUUGUUUUCACUUGCAAUGGAUAUAGCAGAUUAUUGUGGUUACAUGUCUUGCAGUCAAUUUGUGAAGCAAAGGAGCAACCCUGGGAUUCUGAGAAUAGAUAUCGGACGAUUUUGGCUAAUUCUUUUUUAUUAGCCUUCUUCGCAACCUUCACUACCCUAUCUGAUUUUAUAACUGGUGGUUCUGAUUUCAAUUAAAUUUAAAACAACCAUUCACGGACAAUACAAAUCUGAGAAUGACCUUUUCAUUUGCUUGAUCGAUUCCGCCUCCUAUCCCAACCUCCACCUCUUUCGUACCAGGUAAUUAGAAUUUCUUUUUAUGCUAAAUUUAUGCUUAAUUGAAACAGAUAGAUUCGUCAAUUGGUUUUUGUAUUAUGGUAUGAGUAUGUUUUCUCUUUCAUUGGCGUAUCUUUAUUCUUUAGCUGUUAGAGUUUAUUUUCUUCCCCAGCCCAGACCUUCAAAGUGCCGGUUGUAUUUUUGUGUGAAUGCAUAUUCAGACAUGUAUGUCUUUAGUUUAGUUUAAUUUGUCCCUAUGUUCUUUAAUUUCUAACUUUUAAAGAUAUAGCCUUGGGAAGUGUAAAGCAUGAACUACUAAUACGUAUUUGUGCUCUUCAAUAUUAUAAUGGGGCUGCAUGUAUGCCUUUGUUUGUUAAGUGCAAUUGAUAAUGUAAGAAGCUCGUUGAUGCUUUCAGUGAACCCAAAGUUGAGUGCAUAUCAUUAAGGUGAGCUACUUGGUGCUCACAUAUCAACAGGCCAGGCGAGCAUACAUACACUCACCCCCCGUGGACUUCUCAAUUCUCCACCUGUCAUCUAAGUCCACCGAAUCAUUAACCUCACAAAAUCAUAGAGAAAAUGAAUAAAACGUAAAUAUAGGUCAUUGAAGUAAAUAAGUCUUAGAGAUAAUAUAAGAACAAAAAUGAUAUUUGUACCCACUCUUAUACCCGCCUUUGUAUCCACUUAUGUUUGUGAAUUGUUUUUUUUUUGUCCGUGAACCCCGGUUCACAGACAAUAUUUUCCUCAAACAAAAUAUUGUCUGUAAGCCGGGUUCACAGAAAAAAAAAGCACUUCACAAACAUGAUGGGUAUAAGAGUGAGUACAUCAAACAUUGUUGAUAGAAGGAAACAGUAUAAUGUGUAUGACAAGUGUAACACUCAAGCACGGUAUAUGGAUGUUUUUAAUUGGAC